AGUGGGGAACAAGAAUGGAAAAAAAAAAAGGAUUCCAGCCUCAAGUCUUUUAGAUAAAAGUUUAUUAUAAUCUCAUCUGAAACCAAGUGCCCUUGGUUUACAAUCUCUGCAAGCUGAUGAGAGAGAGGGCCAUUGGAGGAGAGAGAGACUUGUUCGGAGAUGAGAGAGAUGUUCUUGGAAAGCAUACAAAGCAAAGAGAUUGGGAAAGCAUACAAGCCGUUUGGACCCGCCACGCUGCCUCACCAAGAGAUCGAUCUCUUGAAGGUCGUGAAGAAGGCUUCGGACCCGAAAUCGGCCGGCGGACUCGGCUUGCAGCUCCCUCUCAUCGUUCGGUUACCGGAUGUGUUGAAGAACCGCCUCGAAUCCCUUCAAUCCGCGUUUGAAUUCGCGAUCCAAUCGCAAGGCUACGAAUCGCAUUACCAAGGCGUUUAUCCUGUGAAAUGCAACCAAGACAGGUUCGUGGUUGAAGAUAUCGUGAAAUUCGGGGCGGGUUUCCGAUUCGGGUUGGAGGCAGGGUCAAAACCCGAGCUUCUUCUCGCUAUGAGCUGUCUCUGCAAGGGAAGCACUGAAGCUCUGUUGGUUUGUAACGGGUUCAAAGAUGUUGAGUACAUUUCGCUUGCUUUGGUUGCAAGAAAACUAGCUUUGAAUACAGUGAUUGUGCUUGAGCAAGAAGAAGAGAUUGGGAGUGAGGACAGAGAAGAGCAUGAGGACAUUUACAGCUGAAGAAUAGAGAGUUGCUCUUUUGAAUCUGGCUGUUCCAUCGCCUAUCUUCAGUGAAACCGAUCCCAUCUCUGAGAUCCAAGGGCAAUUUGAGA